CCGGCUGGCGCCGCCGCCUCGCGCGCUCUUGCUCCGCCGCGACCGUCCGGGGGGCUGCUCCUCCCCAGUACCAUGUGUGACGGCGCCCUGCUGCCUCCUCUCGUCCUGCCCUUGCUGCUGCUGCUGGUUUGGGGACUGGACCCGGGCACAGCUGUCGGCGACGCGGCGGCCGACGUGGAGGUGGUGCUGCCGCGGCGGGUGCGUCCUGACGACGUGCACCUGCCGCCGCUUCCCGGCGCCCCCGGGCCCCGAAAGCGCCGGCGCCCCCGCGCGCCCCCAGCCGUCCAGCGCGUCCGGCCGGGCGAGCGCGCCCUGCUGCUGCACCUGCCGGCCUUCGGGCGCGACCUGUACCUGCAGCUUCGCCACGACCUGCGCUUCCUGUCCCGCGGCUUCGAGGUGGAGGAGGCGGGCGCGGCCGGGCGCCGCGGACGGCCCGCCGAGCUGUGCUUCUACUCGGGCCGCGUGCUCGGCCACCCGGGUUCCCUCGUCUCAAUCAGCGCCUGCGGCGCCGGCGGCGGCCUGGUUGGUCUCAUCCAGCUUGGGCAGGAGCAGGUGCUAAUCCAGCCCCUCAACAAUUCCCAGGGCCCGCUCAGCGCACGAGAGCACCUGGUCAGGCGCAAAUGGUCCUUGGCACCCAGCCCCUCCACCGAGGCCCAGGUCCCUGGGCAGCUCUGCCAGGUUCUAACAGAAAAGAAGAAGCCAAGGAAGGGCAGGCCAUCCCAGGACUGGCGGGAGCGGAGGAACGCCAUCCAGCUGACCAGCGAGCACACGGUGGAGACGCUGGUGGUGGCUGAUGCCGACAUGGUGCAGUACCACGGGGCAGAGGCCGCCCAGAGGUUCAUCCUCACCGUCAUGAACAUGGUAUACAAUAUGUUUCAGCACCAGAGCCUUGGAAGUAAGGUGAACAUUCAAGUUACCAAGCUCGUCCUGCUACGACAACGGCCUGCCAAAUUGUCCAUUGGGCACCAUGGUGAGCGGUCCCUGGAGAGCUUCUGUCACUGGCAGAAUGAAGAAUACGGAGGAGCCCGGUACCUCGGCAACAAUCAGGUUCCAGGAGGGAAGGAUGAUACGCCCCCUGUGGACGCAGCUGUAUUUGUUACCAGGACAGAUUUCUGCGUACACAAAGACGAACCGUGUGACACCGUUGGAAUUGCUUACUUAGGAGGUGUGUGCAGUGCUAAGAGGAAAUGCGUGCUUGCCGAAGACAAUGGUCUCAAUUUGGCCUUUACCAUCGCUCAUGAGCUGGGCCACAACUUGGGGAUGAACCACGACGAUGACCACUCAUCCUGCGCCGGCAGAUCCCACAUCAUGUCAGGAGAGUGGGUAAAAGGCCGGAACCCCAGUGACCUCUCUUGGUCCUCCUGCAGUCGCGAUGACCUUGAAAACUUCCUCAAGUCGAAAGUCAGCACCUGUCUGCUGGUUACAGACCCCAGGAGCCAGCACGCGGUCCGUCUCCCUCACAAGCUGCCGGGUAUGCACUACAGCGCCAACGAGCAGUGCCAGAUCCUGUUUGGCACCAAUGCCACCUUCUGCAGAAACAUGGAGCAUCUGAUGUGCGCUGGACUGUGGUGCCUGGUGGAAGGAGAUACGUCCUGCAAGACCAAGCUGGACCCUCCCCUGGACGGUACCGAGUGUGGGGCAGACAAGUGGUGCCGCGCAGGGGAGUGUGUGAGCAAGACGCCCAUCCCGGAGCACGUGGACGGAGACUGGAGCCCGUGGGGCGCCUGGAGCAUGUGCAGCCGGACGUGUGGGACAGGAGCCCGCUUCCGGCAGAGGAAGUGUGACAACCCCCCCCCUGGGCCUGGGGGCACGCACUGCCUGGGAGCCAGUGUGGAGCAUGCUGUCUGCGAGAACCUUCCCUGCCCCAAGGGCCUGCCCAGCUUCCGGGACCAGCAGUGCCAGACGCACGACCGACUGAGCAGCAAGAAGAAGGGCCUGCUGACAGCAGUGGUGGUUGAUGAUAAACCAUGUGAACUCUACUGCUCACCCCUCGGGAAGGAAUCCCCGCUGCUGGUGGCCGACAGGGUCCUGGAUGGCACACCCUGCGGGCCCUAUGAGACCGACCUCUGUGUGCACGGCAAGUGCCAGAAAAUUGGCUGUGAUGGCAUCAUCGGGUCCGCGGCCAAGGAAGACCGGUGUGGGGUCUGCAGCGGGGAUGGCAAGACGUGCCGCGUGGUGAAGGGUGACUUCAGCCACUCUCGGGGCACAGCUCUGAAAGAUACCAAUAAGAGAUCCAUCAACAGCGACUGGAAGAUAGAGCUCCCCGGAGAGUACCAGAUUGCAGGCACGACCGUGCGCUAUGUUAGAAGGGGCCUGUGGGAGAAGAUUUCUGCCAAGGGACCAACCAAGAUACCACUGCAUCUGAUGGUGCUGUUAUUUCAUGACCAAAAUUAUGGAAUCCAUUACGAGUACACCGUUCCUGUCAACUACACUGCGGAAAAUCAGAGUGAACCCGAAAAGCCCCAGGACUCUUUGUUCAUCUGGACCCACAGCGGCUGGGAAGGGUGCAGCGUGCAGUGUGGAGGAGGGGAACGCAGAACCAUCGUGUCCUGCACGCGGAUUGUUAAUAAGACCACGACUCUGGUGAAUGACAGUGACUGUCCUCAAGCAAGCCGCCCGGAGCCCCAGGUCCGAAGGUGCAACUCACAUCCGUGCCAAUCGCGGUGGGUGGCAGGCCCAUGGAGCCCCUGCUCAGCGACCUGUGAAAAGGGCAUCCAGCAUCGGGAGGUGACCUGCGUAUACCAGCUGCAGAAUGGCACCCACGUCACCACACGGCCCCUCUAUUGCCCGGGCCCCCGGCCAGCACCAGUGCAGAGCUGCGAAGGCCAGGACUGCCUGUCCAUCUGGGAGGCAUCUGAGUGGUCACAGUGCUCGGCCACCUGCGGCAAAGGGACCCGAAAACGAACUGUGACGUGCACCAACUCGCAAGGAAAAUGCGACGCGUCCACGAGGCCCAAAGCAGAGGAGGUGUGCGAGGACUACUCGGGCUGCUACGAGUGGAAGACCGGGGACUGGUCCAAGUGCUCCUCGACCUGUGGGAAGGGCCUGCAGUCCCGUGUGGUGCAGUGCAUGCACAAGGUCACCGGGCGCCAUGGCAACGAGUGCCCCGCCCUCUUGAAGCCGGCAGCCUACAGACAGUGCCACCAGGAGGUCUGCAAUGACAAGAUCAACGUGAACACCAUCACCUCCCCUCGCCUCGCCGCUCUGACCUACAAAUGCACGCGGGACCAGUGGACGGUGUAUUGCCGGGUCAUCCGAGAAAAGAACCUCUGCCAGGACAUGCGGUGGUACCAACGCUGCUGUCAGACGUGCAGGGACUUCUAUGCAAACAAGAUGCGCCAGCCACCACCACCGUUGCCGAGCUCAUGACACGGGGCCCAGCGGUCCCCCAGCGCUC